GAACGAGAUUGGGUGUUUUAUAAGUUUUAUGCCUGGACCUUGAGCUGUGACGUCACACUUAGGUCCCAGUCUCAUACCACAUCCGCGUAUCCGCGUUUGCUUCAGAACGACUGGGACUAGGCUGCCCCUAACCCUAACUGACCUAAUCCUAACCCUAACCUAUAUUGGUGCGCGAAUACUAUACAUCAUCCAGGAGGUGCUCACUUUGGGUACUUUCAUUUUGAUUGGUUAAAGACACCGUACGAUGUCAUGUGAAAGAUGGUUUUUAGAAUACAAAGUACAAAUAUUGAAACACGUGUUUAUGGUGUAACAAUUACUGGGCAAUUUCCAAUAUUUACGUACACGCAAAAUAAAGAAUGGAUCAAGUUUUGGACAUCACCAAAGAACGUUUAGACAAAGCGAGAUUGGCAGUGGAAAAAAGUCCUCUUGUUGUUAAAACACCGCUUCUCAAGAAUGCGGGAGAACUCUUUGGAUUGGAUGAAAAAUGUUUUAUGUGCGAUGUCCAUUUUAAAUUGGAAACGUUGCAGAAAACAGGUACAGAAUAUUCAACUUUAAAGGGGGGUACACCAUGAUUCCAUUCAUCAUCAAAAUUCACUUGCUGUGUCCCUGGCCAAAUGCGCUUAUGAGAGUCAUUCAUCCCCCUGAACAUCUGCCAUUGUGAAUAUUCUCAGGGGGUGAAUGCCUUUCGUAGGCAUACCGGCUAGGAAGUAGGAACACGGUAACAGCAUUGCAAUGGUUAUGGCAAAAAACAAGAAGUCAGUCUUCUGUAAGGUCCCCAUUCUGUGGCUAUAGUCUUAGUGGUGUAUUACUAUAUAUAUAUAUGUAUACUAACUGUGAUUAUUAUUUACAAGGUUCCUUUAAAACCCGGGGGCUUGCUAACCAGUUGGUUUAUUUACCCCCGAAUGUAUUAAAAGACAAACAGAGCCUGGUAGCAAUGUCUGCAGGGAAUUAUGGGAAGGCAUUCGCCUAUGCCACUCAACAGCUUGACUUGCCAGCGACCGUAGUGAUGCCUGAUGUUGCUCCAGUUAGCAGAGUUAAGAUUAUUGAGGUAUGGUAUUGUCUUUCAACCAUUCAAUAUGUAAUGUUUACAACAUGAGCGGCUGUGUUGUCUUCAUGAAUUAUUAAUGAGUUUUUUAAUAGUAAUUAAUCCAUUAAACUACAGUAUAUAUUAUAGUUAAUAAAAAUGUACAAUUAAAUAUAGGGCUAUGGUGCUAAAGUUGAACGAGUACCAGUGCAAGAAUUGAGGGAAACGGUCGAGAAACAUGUUAAAGAGGAUGGCAUGCAUUUCCUGCAUUCCUUCGAUGAUACAAAUCUGAUAUGUGGCUGUGCUAGGUAGGUGGAUUUGUAUGUGAUUGAUUAUGGUAACAAAAUGAGUUAAUGUUGAUGGGUUUUUUAUAGAUGGAAAUUUUGAGCAAAAAUUUUUUCAUACAAUUUUAGACAUGGCCACGAAUAGCUGCGAAAAAUACAACUUCAGGCAACUGCAGUCAUGUCUAAAAUGGUAUAUAAAUGUUUGCUCAAAAUUGUCAUGUACAAAAACUCCAUCAACACUCAGUUUUAUUGGGAUUGAGAUGCCCAAAUUUUGUGAAAUAAUCAAUCUAAUGGUAUUUGAUUAUUUUACUCGAUCUGUCUAAUGCCAGAUGAUUUUACUCUAUAGUCUAACGCCAGACGAUUUUACCCUUCAUGGGGAGAGUGCUACCAAUGGGUUAAUCAGAUUAUUUGCCCAUGCACCCUGUUAACCCUUUAAGUGGCAAUGUGCCCUACUUUAUUAUUUUACUGAAGUGCAGGAUUUGAGGUGCUUGAUGAAAUUCCGGAUCCUGACGUCAUCAUUGUGUGUUGUGGUGGUGGUGGUCUAUUGGCUGGUGUGGCUACGGCAAUGAAAUACUCUGGAAAGAAGACAAGAGUGUUUGGAGCAGAACCUGAGGGAGGUAUAUUAACCCGUUAAGCGCCAGCGCUCUCCCCUUGACGAGUAAAAUCGUUGGGCAUUAGGGUGCAUCAGGGUGCAAUGCGACUCAAUGGGUUAACCCAUUGAGCUGCAAUUGUGCUCCAGUGUGCCCUACUUAUCUUUUUUAAUUGUCUAAUGCCAGACGAUUUUACUUGUCAACAGGGAGGCUCUGCACAUCUGUUCUUGACUGUCUAGAUUGUAUUGCACUAGUUCAUUGGUUACUUUACACCCAUUGUUACUUUAUUAUUUUGCUCUAAUGCUAGAGAGAGUGCUGGUUUUCAAUGGAUGUACUAUAUAUAUUUCAGCUCCAAAGAUGUUCAAAAGCUUGCAAGCAGGCAAGGCUGUCACAUUGGAAUCGAUUGACACGAUAGCAAGUGGCUUGGCUCCGCCAAUGGCAGGUAACAAAUUCACAAACUUGAAAAAUUGUGGUGUGUAACAAAAACUUUUUGUAUGGUUUGUAUCAUUAUAGGGAAAAAUAAUUUUGAAGUAAUAAGAAAUUUUGUGGAGGACAUUAUUCUGGUUUCAGACAAAGAAAUAAAAAAGUAUGUUAUCUUAUUAUAUUGGCAAUUAUACACCCAAGGGUGGGUUGACUACAAAAUUUUUGUAGUUCACUAUAACUACAGCUACUUCAAAAAUAUGUAGUCAGCUACAACUACUGCUACUUUUGAACAGAGGUAGUUCGCUACUGACUACAGCUACUGCUAUGUUUUUUAGUUUUACUGUAUUCGGAGCAUCUAUACUAACUCAGACUGAAAUGUAACCUAUAACAAAUCGACUUACGAGUAGCAACAGUAAACACAAAGCAACAGUUUUGUAAUCACUAUAGUGUUCAGGAGUGCAAAUUGACUAUUGAGUAUCGAUUUUAAGCAAAUCGUGUCUCAAUAUCAUGCUAUUCUAUCAAGUUGUUAACAAUUUUUAAAAGUAGCGAAUAGCAAUUUUCUGUUUGAAAAGUAGUCAACUACUUGGCUACUUUUAGGCAAAAUGUAGUUCGCUAUAACUACAGCUACUGUUUUAAAAAUGUAGUCAAAAACUACUGGCUACUUGAAAAUUGUAGUUCGCUACAGUAGCGACUACUUCGCUACUACCCACCCUUGUAUACACCCUCCAGGAAAGUAUGUCACUUUGACAAUAGGGUUACUGUAUGCUGCUUACACUGUAAAUAUGAAAUAAUCAUACAUUUUAUGUUUCUUGUAAAAUUUAUGUUGUAUUCUAACCAGAGCAAUGAAAGUGCUGUAUGAUGGUGGUCUGGUAGUUGAACCAUCUGGUGCUGCAGCAUUUGCCGCAUUUCUCAAUAAGAAAAUCCCGGACAUCAAAGCGGAUGCACAGGUGGUGGUGUUUCUGACUGGCUCUAAUGUUACAAUAGAUGAACUGCACAAAUUUAUUGGCAAAACAACUUGAACUAACAUUUGUGAAGCUGAAACAAUCUGUGCCAGCGUAGGUAGUGAAAAAACACCAGGAAACAUUGGUAUAUAGUCUGGUUAAAGCCAUUACCAUUCAACUUUGAACCUCUUGAUCUUGAUGAGUAAAAUUGUCUGGUUUUAGACAAAGUUAAUGAUUAACCCAUUAAGCUGCAGAGCUUCCCCACGGACGAGUAAAAUCGUCUGGCAUUAAACAAGUAAAAAAAAUAAGUAGGGUGCAUUGCGGCACAAUGGGUUAACAUUAAAUCGUGCUAUUUUCUACCAUGAUCAUUGUAACUAAAACUGGG